AUGGUUGCGUCCUUGAUCGAUGGCAAGGCCAUUGCCAAAAGUAUCCGCGAUGAGAUCUCACAGCAGAUCAAGACCUUGCAAGCGCAAGCUGGCACUUUCAGACCCACUUUGGCCAUUUUCCAGGUCGGAAAUCGUCCCGACUCCGCUACGUACGUGAAAAUGAAGCGUAAAGCCGCAAGCGAAGCUGGAAUUGACGUGCUAUUCGUGCAUUUGAACGAGUCUGUCGCGGAAUCCGAGCUUUUGGCCCUGAUCCAGGAGAAAAACGCCAACAGUAAAGUCCACGGCAUCCUAGUGCAAUUGCCUUUGCCAGCCCACAUUGACGAGGACAAAAUCACAUCUGCCGUUGUUGCCCAGAAGGACGUGGACGGAUUUGGACCUCACAACAUCGGCGAAUUGAACAAGAGGAACGGUAAGCCUUUCUUCCAUCCUUGUACUCCACAGGGUAUCAUAGAGCUUUUGGAAAGAUCUGCCGUCACUAUUGCUGGUUCCAAGGCCAUCGUGCUCGGAAGAUCCGACAUUGUCGGAGCUCCCGUCGCCGAAUUGUUAAAGGCCAAGAACGCAACCGUGACUGUUUUGCAUUCCAGAUCUAAAGACAUUGCCUCUUAUAUGACCACUGCCGACAUUGUUGUGGUAGCUAUCGGUCAACCUGAAUUUGUGAAAGGUGAAUGGUUCAACGGCAACAACAGCUGUGUGAUCAUCGAUGUGGGUACCAACUAUGUGGACGACUCUUCCAAAAAGAGCGGCUACAGAUGUGUUGGUGAUGUAGAAUUCGAAGCAGCUCGCCAAAACGUCAAGUUGAUCACCCCAGUCCCAGGUGGUGUGGGCCCCAUGACCGUUGCUAUGCUAAUGAGCAACGUUUUCACCGCUGCCAAGCGCUCCAUCGACUCCAGUGACAAACCCGCUUUCACUCCACUUUCUUUGAAUUUGCAAAAUCCCGUUCCUUCGGACUUCGAAAUUUCAAGAGCUCAAAGGCCUAAGGAAAUUACUGACGUAGCUGCUGAGGCCGGUAUUUUGCCAAUUGAGUUGGAACCAUACGGAUCUACCAAGGCUAAAGUCAAGCUCGACAUUUUGGAUCGUUUGGCCUCUAGAGAAAAUGGUAAGUAUGUUCUCGUUGCCGGUAUCACUCCAACUCCGCUGGGUGAGGGUAAAUCCACCACCACCGUCGGUUUGGCUCAAGCACUUGGCGCUCACUUGAACAAGACUGUUUUCGCCAACGUUCGUCAACCUUCGAUGGGUCCAACUUUUGGUAUCAAAGGUGGUGCUGCUGGUGGUGGUUACUCGCAGGUUAUUCCCAUGGAUGAAUUCAAUUUGCAUGUCACUGGUGACAUACACGCUAUUUCCAUGGCAAACAACCUUCUAGCGGCUGCCAUUGACACUCGUAUUUUCCAUGAGCAAACCCAAAAGGAUGCUGCCUUGUACAAAAGAUUGGUACCCACUAAGCGUGGUACCAGAAAAUUUACACCAACUAUGCUCAAAAGACUAAAGAAGCUCGGAAUUGACAAGCAUGAUCCAAAUGCCUUGACUCCCGAGGAAAUUACGCAAUUCUCUCGUCUAGACAUCGAUCCAGAGACGAUUACCUGGAGGAGAGUGGUGGACUGUAACGAUAGAUUUUUGAGAGGUAUUACCAUUGGUGAAGCUCCAACUGAGCGUGGUUUUAAGAGAAGCACCGGGUUCGAUAUUUCUGUUGCUUCCGAGUGUAUGGCUGUGCUUGCCCUUGCUAACUCUUUGUCGGAUAUGAGAGAGAGACUAGGUAACAUCGUGAUUGGUACUUCCAGAGCCGGUGUCCCUAUCACAUGUGAAGACAUCGGUUGCGCUGGUGCCAUGACCGCCCUUUUGAAAGACGCUAUCAAACCAAACAUCAUGCAAACCUUGGAAGGCACUCCAGUUUUUGUCCACGCUGGUCCUUUUGCCAACAUCUCGAUUGGUGCUAACUCUGCUAUCGCUGACAAGAUUGCUCUAAAGCUGGCCGGUGUCGAAGCCGGUGCCAGUGAAGAAUUUAAAAAGGAGAAGCAAGGUUACGUUGUGACCGAGGCUGGUUUCGAUUUCACAAUGGGUGGUGAGAGAUUCUUGAACAUCAAGUGUAGAUCAUCGGGCCUAGUGCCUGAUGCUGUGGUCAUCGUUGCCACUAUCAGAGCUUUGAAAGUUCACGGUGGCGGGCCUGAGGUGAAAGCAGGUGCACCAUUGCCUACUGAAUACCUCAAUGAAAACAUUGACCUGCUAAGAAAGGGUUGUGCUAACUUGGCUAAACACAUUGCCAAUGUGAAGUCCUACAACCUUCCAGUUGUCGUUGCCAUCAACAAGAUGUCUUCCGACACAGACCAUGAACACGAAAUCGUCAAGGAAGAAUCCUUGAAGGCCGGAGCAUUUGAUGCUAUUGUUUCCAACCACUGGGAAGAAGGUGGUAAAGGUGCUACUGGUUUGGCCGAAGGUGUCAUCAAGGCUUGCGAAGAGCCAAACCAGGACUUCGAGUUCCUUUACGAGACUGAAGGUUUGUCUAUUGAAGACAAAAUUGGUGCCAUUGCCAAGAAAAUGUACGGAGCUGGUUCAGUUGAGUUCCUACCGGAGGCUCAGAAGAAGAUUGACUUGUACACCAAGCAGGGCUUCGGCAACUUGCCAAUUUGCAUAGCCAAGACGCAGUACUCUUUGUCUCACGACGCGAACCUGAAAGGUGUUCCAACUGGAUUCACUUUCCCAAUCCGUGACGUCCGUGCGUCCGUUGGUGCUGGAUACCUGUACGCGCUUGCUGCUGAGAUUCAGACAAUUCCAGGUUUGCCUACUCAUUGCGGUUUCAUGAAUAUUGAAGUUAACGAAGAAGGAGAAAUCGAAGGCAUGUUCUAA